CACAUGUUUUCCACCAAGUUGAUUAAGAUUAAAACGUUUCAGAUCGUAUAUAACAAUAAGGGACAAAAAUGCUAACUUCUAAGACAUUCAUAAAGAAGACUAAGACAGGGAAAAUUUUAAAAAUUGUUCGCGAGCACUAUUUACGUGAUGACAUAGCAUGUGGUGCUGAAGGUUGCAACGAAUGUGAGGGGCCCUCAACUUUGGAGGCUGAUUGUGCCAGCCAGAGUGAAAUGUGCAAUGAUUUACAUUUUCUGUGCCCAGAUACUAAUGUCAUUCUACACCAGAUUGAUGUAGUUGAGGAUCCAAGAAUAAGGAAUGUCAUCAUACUUCAAACAGUUUUAGAGGAGGUUCGCCACAGAAGUCUUCCAAUAUACAAGAGACUUAGAGACAUCUUAUGCAAUCCAGAUAAACAUUUCUACAGCUUCUGUAAUGAGUUUAACAAGCAUACCUAUGUUGAGAGGGAGCCUGGGGAAUCCUCUAAUGACAGAAAUGACCGGGCGAUCAGGGAGGCUGCUAAAUGGUACAACCAGCACCUACAGACAAACACACAGGGGAAGAUACAAACUCUGCUGCUGACCAAUGAUGCAGACAAUCGAAAGAAAGCACUUGAUCAAGGUCUAAAGAGCUACACAAUACACCAGUAUGUGAGAAGUUUAAAAGAUGGAAAAGAUUUAGUUGACAGGCUGUCACUUGCAGGGUCUAAAGUGUUUUCAGGUGAUAAAGUUCAGUAUCCAGAACAUCUCCCCCUGUCAGUGAUACAGAAAGGUCUCAAGACUGGGAAAUAUCGACAAGGGAAGUUCAUGGCUAGUAGAGAAAACUACACUGAGGCUAAUGUCAGUGUGUCUGAGGAAGAAAAAAUGAUAUUCAUACAAGGACUUCAGCAUUUAAACAGAGCUGUUCAUGAUGACAUUGUUGCCGUGGAGAUGUUGGAGGAAGAGGAAUGGAGUUGUCCGUCAUCCAUGAUUCUUGUCCACACGGAAGAUAAAGAUGAUACAGAUGAAGAGGAGGAAGAAAAGACUUUGGAGAAGAAACGCAGGAAGGUUCCUAAAGAGUUACGACAGCCCACAGGUAAAGUUGUGGGGAUUAUAAAGAGGAACUGGAGGCAGUAUUGUGGCAUGUUACAACCCUCAAUGCUCAAACAGGCAACAAGACAUCUAGUGGUUACUGCAGACAAGAAAAUUCCCAAAAUUAGAAUAGAGACAAGACAAGCAGCAGAUUUAAUGAACCAGAGGAUUGUUGUGGCCAUUGAUAGCUGGCCGAGGACAUCUCGAUAUCCACAGGGACAUUUCGUAAGGAAGCUUGGAAAUGUUGGAGACAAGGAAACAGAGAAUGAAGUUUUGUUGUUAGAGCAUGAUAUCCCCCACGCUAGCUUCUCAGAGGCGGUCCUCAACUGUCUGCCCAAACUUCCAUGGGAAAUCACAAAGGAGGAUAUGGAGAGGCGUGAAGACUUCCGUGACCUUGACAUUUGUAGUGUGGAUCCUCCAGGCUGUACUGAUAUUGAUGACGCCUUACACUGCAGGGAUCUACCUAACGGAAACUUAGAGGUGGGUGUUCACAUAGCAGAUGUGUCUCACUUUAUCCGGCCUGGUACUGCUAUUGAUAAAGAGGCAGAGAGAAGAGGAACCACUGUCUAUCUCACAGAUAAGAGAAUAGAUAUGGUUCCAGAACUGCUGAGCUCCAAUCUGUGUUCACUAAGGUCUAAUGUGGAAAGAUUUGCCUUUUCUGUCAUAUGGGAACUGACCCAUGAUGCAGAGAUUGUAACAACAAAGUGUACCAAGAGUGUCAUCAAAUCUAAGGCAGCCUUAACUUAUGCCGAGGCCCAAAUGAGAAUUGAUGACCCCAAGAUGACGGACACUGUCACUAAGAGUCUGAGGAAUCUCAACAGUCUGGCUAAAAUACUGAAGAGAAAGAGGAUUGAUAAAGGUGCAUUAACAUUAGCCUCUAAUGAAGUGAGGUUCCAGAUUGACAGUGAGACUCAUGAUCCUAUUGAUGUUGAAACUAAACAAAUCAGAGACACCAAUUUCAUGGUGGAGGAGUUCAUGUUAUUAGCCAAUGUGUCCACUGCUCAGAAGACCCUCCAGGAAUUCCCUGACUGUUCCUGUCUGAGGAGGCAUCCAAUCCCCCCACCAUCCAACUUUGACCCCCUCAUCAAAGCAGCUCAGUCAAAGGGUUUUAAGAUAGAUGUGUCCAGUGGUAAGUCUUUGGCCGACAGUCUGGAGAGAGCUGUUAUACCCGAUGAUCCCUACUUUAAUGUGAUGUUGAGGAUCAUGACGACUCGGUGUAUGACCCAGGCCGUGUAUUUCUGUAGUGGAAUGUUACCCCCCACUGAAUAUCUUCACUAUGGUCUGGCCGCGGAGAUUUACACACACUUUACAUCACCAAUAAGAAGGUACUCUGAUAUCAUAGUUCACCGUCUAUUGGCUGUUUGUAUUGGAGCAGACUCUUCUUAUCCAGAAUUAACAGACAAGUAUAAAACACAGGCAGUAUGCAAUAAUUUGAACUACCGUCACAAGAUGGCACAGUAUGCAGGUCGGGCAUCAGUCAACCUUCAUACACAUAUAUUUUUCAAAAACAGACAGGUGGAUAAUGAGGGAUAUGUCCUGUUUGUACGUAAGAAUGCGCUUCAGAUCCUGAUUCCUAAGUAUGGACUAGAGGCAACCCUUUAUCUGGACUCCAAGGGUGUUACUUUUGAAUAUGAUGAACAGAUAGAGGGAUUUAGUGUCCCACCAGCCCCACCCUCAGAAGACAGCGACUUAGAACCCCCGACAAAGAAAAUGAAGACCUGA